GACGGCUCCCGCGGCAGGCGGUGAGGCCGGCCCGGCUCAGUGCUGCACAGCGCCCCCGGCGCCCGGCUCCGGCAGCCCCUGAGCCCCCGCCCCGCGCCCGCCAUGCCCGAGCAGCUCAGCGUCGCCGAGUUCCUGGCCCUCACCGCGGAGGACCUCAGCUCCCCGACCGGGGCCGCAGCUUUCGCCGCCAAGAUGCCCCGGUGCCGGGGGGCGGCGCUGGCGCGGGAGGAGAUCCUGGAAGGAGACCAAGCCAUCCUGCAGAGAAUAAAGAAGACUGUGCGGGCGAUCCACAGCUCUGGUCUUGGCCAUGUGGAGAACGAGGAGCAGUACCGAGAGGCUGUGGAGUCCUUAGGCAACAGCCACCUGUCCCAGAACAGCCAUGAGCUGUCCACAGGCUUCCUGAACUUGGCUGUGUUCACCCGUGAGGUGGCUGCACUCUUCAAGAACCUGGUUCAGAAUCUGAACAACAUUGUCUCUUUCCCCCUGGACAGUCUGAUGAAGGGGCAGCUGAGGGACGGGCGACAGGAUUCCAAAAAACAGCUGGAGAAGGCAUGGAAGGACUAUGAAGCCAAAAUGGCCAGGCUGGAGAAGGAGCGGGAUCGGGCCAGGGUGCCAGGAGGGAGCCCUGGGGAGGUGACCCAGGACACACAGAGAGAGCGGCGUGUCUUCCAGCUACACAUGUGUGAGUACCUGCUCAAAGCUGGGGAGAACCAGAUGAAGCAAGGUCCUGACUUCCUUCAGAGCCUCAUCAAGUUCUUCCAUGCCCAGCACAACUUUUUCCAAGAUGGCUGGAAGGCUGCUCAGAGCCUGUCCCCCUUCAUCGAGAAGCUGGCAGCCUCAGUACAUGCACUGCGUCAAGCCCAGGAGGAGGAGCUACAGAAGCUAACCCAGCUCCGGGACUCCCUCCGAGUGACUCUGCAGCUUGACAGCAGAGAGGAGCACUUGAGCAGGAAGAACUCAGGAGGUGGCUACAGCAUCCACCAGCACCAAGGCAACAAGCAGUUUGGGACUGAGAAGGUGGGCUUUCUGUACAAGAAAAGUGAUGGAAUUCGAAGAGUCUGGCAGAAAAGGAAGUGUGGGGUCAAGUACGGCUGCCUGACCAUCUCACACAGCAUGAUAAACCGGCCCCCAGUCAAGCUGACGCUACUGACGUGCCAAGUGAGGCCAAACCCUGAGGAGAAAAAGUGCUUCGACCUGGUGACCCACAACCGGACGUACCAUUUCCAGGCAGAGGAUGAACAUGAAUGUGAGGCGUGGGUGUCAGUGCUACAGAACAGCAAGGAUGAAGCCUUGAGCAGCGCCUUCCUCGGGGAGCCCAGAGGCAGCCUAGGGUCCUGGGGGGGCGCCGGGCUGGACGGGGAGCCCCAGGACCUCACGAAGCUGCUCAUUGCCGAGGUGAAGAGCAGGCCUGGGAACGGCCAGUGCUGCGAUUGUGGAGCUGCAGACCCCACGUGGCUCAGCACCAAUCUGGGCGUGCUCACCUGCAUCCAGUGCUCUGGUGUCCACCGUGAGCUGGGCGUGCGCUUCUCACGCAUGCAGUCCCUCACCUUAGACCUGCUGGGCCCCUCCGAGUUGUUGCUGGCCUUAAACAUCGGAAACACGUGCUUCAAUGAGGUGAUGGAGGCCCAGCUACCCUCACAUGGCGGCCCUAAACCCUCAGCUGAGAGUGACAUGAGCACCCGCAGGGACUACAUUGUGGCCAAGUAUGUGGAACACAGGUUUGCCCGCCAGUCCACAUCUGAUCCUCAGAGACUCAGGACAGCCAUUUGCAACAGGGACUUCCUGUCGGUACUGGAGGCCUUUGCUAGUGGGCAGGACUUCGGACAGCCUCUGCCAGGGCCUGAUGGGCAGGCACCUGGAGAGCUUGCCUUGCACUUGGCUGUCAAAGUUGCCAACCAGACCUCCCUGCCCCUGGUGGAUUUCAUCAUCCAGAAUGGGGGUCACCUGGAUGCCAGGGCUGCAGAUGGGAACACUGCUUUGCACUAUGCCACCCUCUACAACCAACCUGACUGCCUCAAGCUGCUACUGAAGGGGAGAGCUUUGGUUGGCACAGUGAACGAGGCAGGAGAGACAGCUCUGGACAUAGCCAAGAAGAAGCAGCACAAGGAGUGUGAGGAGCUGCUGGAGCAGGCCCAAGCUGGGACCCUUGCCUUCCCUCUGCACGUGGACUACCCCUGGGGAAUUUCCAUGGAGCCUGGUUCUGACAGUGAGGAGGAUGAGGAAGAGAAGCGCUGCCCUCUGAAGCCCCCAGCCCAGGCCCGCUGGGCCGGUGGGAGGCUGGACAUCAGCAACAAGACCUAUGAGACUAUCGCCUGCCUGGGACCAGCCACCCCUCAGAGCCAGAAUGAGGACUGUCCCCCACCUUUGCCAGUGAAAAACUCUUUUCGGACCGUGGUCCAUGGGCGUGCGGGACAUGCCAGUGGAGAUUGUUCUGAAGUCCCCAGCCUGAGUUUGGAGCCCCUUGAGGCUUCUGAAAGCCUGAGCAGUCCAGCCUCCUACUCCUCCAGCCUCACAAGUCCUGUGGAACCCGGGAGUCCCAGCCAAGCCCUGCCAAAUUCUGAGGAGGGCCUUCGGGAACCCCCAGGCACUUCCCGACCCAGCCUGACAUCUGAGACCACCCCUGCAGAGUUCUAUCCCCCUGUUAGGUUCAGCUCCGAGAGCACUCGCUCCUAUCGGCGGGGGGGCCGGAGCCUAGAAGACGGUCUCUCAGCCAGGCAGCCUGUGCCCAGAAGGAACAUGCCGGUUGGCUUCACUGAAGGAGAUGGCUCAAGGGCUGGGGUUCUCCCAGCAAGUUCAGUGCAACUUUUGCAAGACUAGCUCCUUGCUGACCCCUGCGUGCCCCAUGCUGGACCCCAGUGUUCAGAGCUGAGACCUGAGCCCAGAAGACUGGGGAGCUGAGGCGUUCAUUCUCUUGGGUCUUGCUCUCUCUGUCCCUUGUGCCUCUGUGGCUGGCCUUCCUGCCAUGGGCCAUGCUCCCACCAAGGACAAUGGGCCCUUCCAUAUUAGGGCUGACGGCAGUUCUUUCUCCUCUAUCUAAUCACCUCCCAUGGGCAAGGAAGCCCUGUGGCUGGAGCUGAGCAUUCCUGAGCUAGCUGCAGCUGCAGAACUCUCAGUCCCUCAUCAGACCAGGACUGUGUUUCUCCCAUCAGUCUGGAGGCUCUACAUGGGUCACCAGCCUUCCAUCAUCAUUCUCCACAUCCAAAUCAGGGACUCUGCCAGACUAGGGACUGUCUUCUCAGCCAUUUAUUAGUCCAGUAUUCUUUUAUUGAAUUCCAACUCUAUGUCCAGACCUAUUAGACAUUGUGGAUGCCACAUAAGACAAGGACCCUGCAGCUGUGGUCCCUUGCUGGAAAGCUGAUGGCAAGGGUUGGGCUUGGGAGUGAGCUGGGCCAUAUUCCAGGGGAUAGUUCUGGGCUCAGGGGCAGGAGCAACAAUCAGCUGUUUAUACCUGUAUGACCACUGAAGUUGUCUACAGCCCAUAUCCAUUCUGGUCAGUCAGUAUCCAUGCUGUACUGACUAUUAAAUAAAUAUUAUGAAUGUCACUCCUUUUGAGGGACAGCACAGCCUUCCCUGGGAUCUCUCCUAAUUUCCCCAGCCAGGAAGUAGAGGAGGACUCACACACAUGUUUGCCUAAUCUUCUGAUUUAGCAGGAAGGAAAGGAAUAGUCUGGGAUGAUUGAUCCCCACUUCUCUCCUCCUUUUCUUGGUUAACUCAGGAGGCUUCCAGCCUCAGGGGAGUGAAGGGCAAAAAGGAGAAAGGAGAGUGAUAGGAAUGGGAGGACAGAGACUUCAAGGUUCUCCUUCCCAGGCUCGAAAUUGCACCAUUGCUCAGCCUGAUUAGAACGCAGAUACACCUAAGCCAUCAUCAGCCACUAACAUCUCGAUUUUGUGGUCGCUGGGUCCUGGGCCCUGGUAGGGAUGGGGAGACCAGAGAGUGCCAAAGACCAGUGCAACGGUCUGGCCUGGGCGGCUGGGCUGUUUACCUGGAGACCCGACUGGUCUUUGGUCCUACAGGAACACGGUUGGCUUUUGAGCCUCCAGUGUCGGUUUUGUUCAUCUCAGACUUGUUAUUUCACUCAUCUCUAAUAAAGGAUUUUUGGGGUAAA